UUCCUCUGCAAUUCAAAAACCCAAAUCAAAAAAAAUUUAACAAAAAUUUCGAUUUCCCCGAAAUUAGCAAAGGAAAGGAAAGGAAUCAAUCGUCGACGCAACGUAACGCAGAUACCAAUGCGACUUCUGCCGAAAUCCCGUGCCCGUCGCCUUCACGCGCGCCCCCGGCGAUAUACACUCCCACCCACGCGCCCGAACCCCACGCGCUCUCGCCAUCCGGCGCCUCCUUCGCCGCCCCACCCCCCCGCCCCUUCCCCUUGCUUUUAUCUCCCCCACCAACCCUUUUCUUCUUCUUCCUCCAUUUCAUCCUUUUCCGUCCUUGUCUCCUUUCGAUUGAUCCCUUCUUCCCUUCUGUUUUUUUUACGCUUCUUGAUUGAUUGGGUUUGAUUUUGCGGGUUAGGGCUUUGCCUGAUGGGUGAUUUGACGGAAUCGUCGGUUCCUCAGGCGCCGGCGUCGUCGCGGCAGGUGCCGUUUCGCGAGGAUUGCUGGACGGAGGAGGCGACGUCGACGCUCGUCGACGUUUGGGGUCGCCGGUACUUGGAGCUCAACCGUGGGAAUCUCCGUCAGAAGGAUUGGCAAGAUGUGGCGGACGCGGUGAACGCACGUCACGGCCAUACGAAGAAGACGCGCCGCACCGACGUUCAGUGCAAGAACCGGAUCGAUACUCUGAAGAAGAAAUACAAGGUCGAGAUGACGAAGAUCGCCGAAUCGAACGGAACCCUAACCUCGUCGUGGCCAUUCUUCUCUCGGUUGGAGAUUUUGAUCGGAUCUAAUUUCACCAAGCAUCCCAGCAAGCAUCCUCCUUCAGCCUCACCUGUGCAGUCCUCUCCGUCUCCGGUGAUGUUAUCCCUGCCAUCGCCGCCGAUGGCCGUACCCUUGCCGUACCGUAGAACUUUAAAUUCCCCAAUGUUUUCGCCGAUGAUUUUGCCUCAGAAGCGCCCCCUGCCCUCGCCCGCUGUGGACGAGUCGUAUUUCAAGAGAAAUUACUCUGCAAUGGCCGCCGCUGCCGCGGCAGCAGCGGCUGAGGAUGAAGCGGAUGCAGAGGACGACGAUGGAGAUUCUGCGGGGGAGGAAGCCCAUGGAAGCGAGGGUAGGGCUGUGGAGGAGGAAGAUGAAAAGGAGGAAGGUAUGAAAAGAUUGGCCAAGGCCAUAGAGAGGUUUGGGGAGGUAUACGAGAAGGUGGAGUGUAUGAAGCAGAGGCAGAUGGUGGAAUUGGAGAAGCAGAGGAUGCAGUUCACCAAAGAUUUGGAGGUUCAGAGGAUGCGAUGGUUUAUGGAUACUCAGGUCCAGUUCGAAAAGAUCAACCAGGCCAAGCGUUCUGGAUCUUCUGAUGAUAUUUAUCGGUAGCUGUGAGGGCUAAAACUUUGGGACCUUAGUCCAACUAUUCUUCCAGAGAGAAGUAGGAGGUUUCUUAUCAGCAAGAGCUCAAAUCCGGGAAAUUAUCCAUCUAUGGAGGAAGAAGAUUCACAGCCUCACUCUGUACCAAUAACUUUUAUUUGUUUUUUCAUAUAACUGUUUUUCUAAAAGUCGAUCGUUCCAUAGAUUGCCGUUUGUUUAGUACAGUAAAUCCCCUGAUGUUUGAAUUCAUGAUACACUAAGACAUUACUGGUUUAAUGCCGGGAUUGCGAAUGAGCCAAACACCCUGAGUAGUUGCAGUUUUUAUUAUAUGGUGAUGGCAAUGGCGUUUUUUGAA